UGUUAUCACACCUUUUCUCUAGAAUUUUUUUCAAUGCUGUGUUCUACUUUCUUUCUAUUGUGGGUUCGCAGCAAUUACCCCAAUGCCCCGUUGGAUACGCUACGCCUCCGUUAGUUACCGGUUUCAAAGUGCAGAAAACUAGAAGUCAUAACUGUCAGGCGCUCAAUAUUUCUAAACUCCUAAUUUGAAUUUUUCUUCUUAUUUCUCUACUCCCGUUUAUAUUUUAUCCCCUUCACGCCAUUCAUUGUUUCUGUACAACAAUCGUUCUGGGUUAUUUUCUGUGUUUCCUCCCUAGAUUCCCGUAAACCAACGACCAAAGAAUUUAAUCUUCUGUUCAAGGUCUCAGAAAUCGAGAACAUUUGCCUUGUGAACACAAUAGCCUAUGUGCACAAAAGCUUGGCCCGAGCAAGCGUCGUUAUGGGCAGUUUUCUUAGCAUAUUUCAGCACUCCACACCGAACGAGGUUGUGCUUGGAUGCCAAUAUACUAUAAGGUCCCAUGGUGCAGUGGUUUCAAAGCAUCACAAAUACGAUUGGCUCAUACUGAUUCUUCUCGUUGUUGUGGAUGUUGUUCUUAACCUCAUUCAUCCAUUUUACCGAUUUGUUGGGGAGGACAUGAUGACCGAUCUCAAAUAUCCUUUCAAGGAUAACACAGUUCCAAUCUGGGCUGUACCUAUAUAUGCCGGCGUGUUGCCAAUUCUUAUCUUCACCUUAAUCUAUCUUCGAAGGAGAGAUGUCUAUGACCUUCACCACAGCAUUCUGGGACUUCUGUUUGCUUUACUGAUAACUGCAGUGAUCACUGAUGCAAUUAAGGAUGCUGUUGGCCGGCCUCGACCUGACUUUUUUUGGCGUUGUUUUCCAGAUGGGCAUAGUAAAUUUGAUAAACUGGGGGAUGUGAUCUGUCAUGGUAAACCAAGUGAUAUAAAGGAAGGACACAAGAGUUUUCCAAGUGGUCACACUUCAUGGUCUUUUGCAGGGCUGGGAUUUGUGUCACUGUAUUUAGCAGGAAAACUAAAAGCAUUCGACGGGAGAGGUCAUGUGGCAAAGCUAUGCCUAGUUUUCCUUCCUCUUCUUGCGGCUUCUCUUGUUGCCAUAUCCCGUGUGGAUGACUACUGGCAUCAUUGGACUGACGUUUUUGUUGGGGGACUCAUAGGUCUCGUAGUGUCAUCAUUCUGCUAUCUGCAAUUUUUCCCUCCUCCAUAUCACACCCAAGGAUGGGGUCCAUAUGCAUACUUCCUAGCGGCGGAGGAGAGUCCGCAAAGGCAAGACUCAGAGCUGCAAUUUGGGAACCACCCGUCCAAUCAGAACCAUGGUGAUUUGGAGCUUGGUGGUGGAAUCAGAUUGUGAAUCAGCCCAUUUCUUGUUCUCUUCUUUUUUCUUUAAAUUAGUAGCACAUAUAUGCAACAAUUAAAAUAGCAAAAAUGAAAUACUACGUACUAAACAAUUAGUUGAUGCAAAACACCACACAUGGAUUAUGGUGAAUUCCUACCGCACUUACCUUACCG